CGCCAAGGUCGGCAGCAACAACGCCAACAGAACAACAACAACACAGUUGUCCGCUAAAUUCAAUUCCUCAGCUUUCUCUUUCCUCUCAAACUCACCCCUAAAUUCCCCUAAAUCAUCCAGACUCCAGAAAUUUCGAAAACCUAGAAUCACAAAUUGCAAAGAUGCCGAAGAAGAUGGGAGUAAACAGCAAAGCCGAGGAGGCCAAAUCCCGUAAAGCCGCUGCAGAAGCCGAGAAGAAGGAUCGAGAAACCAAGCAAAAGGAAGACCAAUACUGGCGCGAAGCCGAGGGGUCCAAAUCAAAAGCCGCCAAGAAACGCGAAGAAGAAGAGCAGAAACGUGCUGAAACCGCGGCUAAGAAAGCGGAGGCGCGCAGAUUAGCCGAGUUGGAGGAGCAAGAAAUUGAGAAAUCCCUAAAAAAGCUGGACAAGAAGGCGACCCGUGUUGCGGGCGUGUCGGCAACCAAGGUGACGGAGGCGGAGCUUCGGCGGCGGAAGGAGAAAGAGGAGGAGGAGUUGCAACGGAAGGCAGAGGAAGCGAAGAAGAAAAAUAGUAGGAUGGCGGAGGAAGAAGAGUAUGAGAAGAUAGUGUUGGUACAGAAUACGAAUAGAGAUGAUGAUUUUAUUGAAGCUCAUUCUGUUGAAGAAGCUCUUGCCAAGAUAUCUAUUGCUGAGACUUUGCCUGUUGAUAAGCAUCCUGAGAAGAGGCUUAAAGCUUCUUUUAAGGCUUUUGAAGAAUCUGAACUACCAAGGCUGAAGGCUGACAAACCAGGUCUGACACACACCCAAUAUAAGGAAAUGAUAUGGAAGUUGUGGAAGAAAUCUCCUGACAACCCUCUCAAUAGAGUUGAUGAGUGAUAAAAGUUUGUAACCUUAGAACUGAACAGGGAAGCUCAAGAAGUCUCUCAAUAACUGCGACAUCUAUUUUCUGUACGAGUAACCUUAUACCUUGUUGGGCUAGUAAUUGCAAAGCUGGUCAUCUCAUUCAAGAGUCAUUCAAGAAUUUGUGUGCAUCUGGCGUAAUAAUGCUUCCUCCACUUUGGACAACACCAUUUGUUAGUAUAGUUGUUGCACGGUGUGUAUGUGUUAUAUGAUGGGAUCGGGAAUAAACUACUAUUGACAUAAUUUUAUACUUCUAUUAUAGCUGGAGUUUUUAAUUUUAAUUCACUGAGGCAGUUGCUUUCUUUUGUAACAUCAUAAAUAAGCCUUUAAUUUGGAGGCUAAUCUCUGAUCUUGAAAUUUCAAUGGACGUGUGAAGAUGCUCAUAAUAUAUGACAGAGUUAUGUUGUAUGUUAGUA